AAUGUUUAUUGCAAGCAACCGAGUACGUACAAUCUCAUGAUCAGUUCGCCGACACUACUGUACGUAACCAGUUUCAGUCAUGAACAUUUCGUGCUUUUAACCCCCACAAACACCUUCUGGCUUCUAAUUUGUUCUUUCUGUACUUUCCUUCUUCCAGCGAUCCUUCUUCCAACAAAAUGGUCCAGUCAAAGAAGUUCAGAGGCGUCAGGCAGCGUCAUUGGGGCUCCUGGGUCUCCGAAAUACGCCACCCAUUACUGAAGAAAAGGGUGUGGCUUGGCACGUUUGAGACAGCAGAAGAAGCAGCCCGGGCCUACGACCAAGCGGCCAUUUUGAUGAGUGGCCGCAAUGCCAAAACCAACUUUCCGAUGACCCAAACUCCGACGGGGGACCCAAAGACUGGUGAGGAUUCCCCAUCAUCAGCACCGAAGGAUUUGUCAGAAAUUCUUCACGCAAAGCUUCGGAAAUGCAGCAAGGCUCCGUCCCCUUCCAUGACUUGUCUCAGGCUCGACACUGUGAGUUCUCAUAUAGGAGUAUGGCAAAAGCGCGCGGGGCAGCACUCUGAUUCGAGUUGGGUCAUGACGGUUCAGCUCGGAAAGAAGAAUAUUAAUGCGGAUAAUAUUGAUGGUGAUCAAAAUAGUUCAUUGCCGGCGUUGUCUUCUGAUGAUCAUCAUCACUCUCCGGCAAUGGCCGGGGGUCCUGAACUGCGAGCAGAGAUGGAUGAGGAAGAGAGAAUUGCCCUGCAAAUGAUAGAGGAGCUUCUCAACAGGAAUUGUCCAAGCCCUCAAUCCUUUGGUAUUCAAGAAGGAGAGGGAAGUUUUUACCUCUAGUACUCAGCUUGCUGCAUAUAUAUAAUCAUAUAUAUAUAUAUAUAUUAUAUAUAUAUAUAUAUAUAUGUAUGUCUAGCAUCAUAAUAAUUAGUAUAUAUAUGUAUGUGCCCAAA